UAUUUAUAUACAUCAUACCUUAUUUCAUGAACAAAUUAUAUAAAAUCAAAAUAAUGUAGUUACAAGUUUAAUGUUAAUUUUAAAUUUCUGUCUACCCUCGUAUACAACCCAAGAAAUACAACACAAGAAAUUUCUCUAGGUCACGGUUUUAAGCAGACAAUCACAAAAUAGUAUCUUCAAGCAAGAAAAAUACUUUUUUUAUAUUGGGUAUCAACAAAUAACACAAAAAUUCUAACUCAUUCUCAGUGCUAUAAAAAACGUUGUUACUCUUUCAUUUUAAGAAAAUAUAUAUUUUUCACUUGUAUAAGUGCUAAAUUCGUUUAAAAAAUGAUAAAUCCAAUCAUUUAUAUCUAAUACCUAUGUACUUUAUGCACACACUGUAGAUAAACUCAAAAUAAUGUAGUUGUUCAAUAAUAUUUUCUCGAUACCCUCGUAUACGAUGAAGCAUAUUUCUUGUACAAGAAAUUCGCAAUAGAGAAUAAUCCUACUGUCAAAACAGUUCGAUAAAAGAACGCAGGCGCAUAAAAUAACUCUAGCAUAACUAGUGACAUUAAACGGGAAAUAUAAUUUCUGUUCUGAUUCAUUUUUUAUGAUAUAACGCGGGUUCUCCGUAAUUUUAACGUUAUUUAAAAUAAUGCCGAGUGUAAAGUUAUAAGUUCAGUACAACAGCACAAGAUGAUGAUCGCCGCAAUUAAAUUUUUAGUCACAUUAUUUGUUCUAUGUUGUCUUAACCUAACUACGGCCAUCGAUCCUUCGGAAAAUGAAAUCGAUUCGGAUAAUACUUACGAGAAACACCCAAAAUCGCCUGCUAGUAUUCUUAGAGAUGAAGUGAACAUUCUGCAACUACUCAAUAUUUCCCCUAAGGACCAAGGUGUAUCUUCAGUUGAAGGUCCAAUUAGUCAUUUUCCAGCUUACAAAUUUCGUUUACCUUACGGUAAUGUCCUCAUAUCUAAUGCAUCAAAUGUGACAACAUCUAUGAACGAUCCCGAAGGAUUUACUGCUAUUUUUCUAAUAAGACAACAAAAAAAUAAUGUAGGAACUCUAAUGUCGGUAAACUCGCCUGGUAGACUCAAUCCUUGGUUCCAAAUUAUCUCAAAUUCAAAAACCGGUACACUAAGUUUGAAAUAUCGGUUGAAGGAAGUGAGUAAGAUCAAACAGAUUGAUUGGGGGCUACCAAAACAUCACAGAAGAUCACCAUUAGCAGCAUGGACAUGGUUAUCUAUUUCGUUUAAUCCCAAAUAUGGUAUCAUCCGUUUGGAUUUAGACUGCGAUCCUAGCAGAUUUGAGACAAUAAAGAAGAAAAACUUUACAGGAACUUUCAAUAUUCCAGAGGAUUCACUUGUUUACUUCGGACAAGAACCCGGUAGAAAGAAAAAGUUUCUGGGAUCAAUUCAAGUAGCAAAAGUUCUUCCUUACGUUACAGACCAAAGAUUAUGGUCGUGUGUUCAGAUUGCAAAUAAUCUUUCUUCCGAAUUCAGAAAACCGUAUUCCUAAGCAAUUUUUUGUCGGUAUAAAUAAAAAAAAAUAUAUGAAUAUUUAAUACAUUGUUUAAACUUGUUGUAAACUACAAUUUUUUAAAUAAACUCAAUAAAUAGUGCAAUCACACCGCCAUGUUGUACCGGUAAUUUGUACACAACUAUUUAAAAUUCGCUUAUUGAUGCAAGAAUUUAGAACAAUGGAACCAAUACACUCAGCUUAACCAACAGCAAAUUUUACAAAUUACUAGAAGUGACACUAUUUACUUUCUCUCUCACAACAAUUAAGUUUAUAUAUUGCGCUAUUUUAAUUGAACGUAUCAUGACAACAACGAUCUGGUAGAUAAAAAAUCCGAAUUAGUAACUUACAUAUUGUUCAUAAUUCAUACUUUCUUGAUUUUUUUUAUUUUGAUUUAUGAAUUAUAUUCAAAUAUUGAACUUUAUUAUUCAAAUAAAUUAUAAAUUGUAUCUUGAAUUAUUAUUAAUAAAGAAUUACUAAAAAUGA